AACAACUUUAGGCUUAGCCCAAGCCCAAUUUCAUCUAAUUGAAAAACAAACAAAUGACCCUGCAUUAGAAUCUUACUGCCUAACCAAGUAGAACUACCAACCGCCCUAAUUUGCAUUCUCUCUCAGGCGAUCUCCUCUUCAACAAUCAAAUUUAGUUGUUAUUCUCCAAAGUGGCUGAGUGGGAAUAGAAGACGAUGGAAGAAGAGUUAACGGAUUUGCUUUUGGAGGCUGCUGGUAGAACGAAUACCGGUGGAAGGAAUCGUCCACCUUCAUCAUCUAGAAGACAUCACAAGAGUUCAUAUUCCGACGAUGGAAGUGAUUCAAGGGACGAUGACUCUGAUGAUGAUCGUGGCUAUUCGGGUCGAAAACCUUCUGGUUCACAAGUUCCUCUCAAGAAGAGAUUGGACCAUCCGGAAAGAGAUGAUGAUCAUAGCAGUCAUGGAGAAGGUGAUGAUGGAGAUGGUUAUGGUGAUGGGCGCGAUAGUGAUGAUGAUUCUAUUGGAAGUGAUCUUUAUAAGGAUGAUGAAGACCGGCAAAAACUUGCUCAGAUGACGGAACUGGAUAGAGAAAUGAUAUUGACUGAGCGUGCAGCGAAGAAAUCUGAUAGGAGUCUGCAUGACAAAAUUAUUAAGGAUAGGAACCCGCCCAGGAAACAAAGUUCACCGCCUUCACAUUCUCGUGUUGGCAUGCGCUCAUCAACAAGAGCUUUGGAUAGGGCAGCUGAUAGAGAUGAUGCAUUGAAUGAGAUACGAGCAAAACAAGCAAAACGAGCGAGACAGCAGGAUCCGGAGAGUCAAUGGAAACUUAGAGAUGCAGAUCGAAGAGGUUCUGGAAGCAGGGGUUAUUCGCCAAUCAAACGUAGAAGCUUUACAGCUGCAACCCUAGGUAGUAGUCCUACCAGGGGAGAAAGUGAUUCACAUAGUAAUGAGGGAGAUUCAUCAGCUGAUGAUGGAAUGGAUGACAGUGAUGAUGACAAGGAAUCACCGGAGUCACAGUUGCCAACGUUUGAGGAUAUAAAAGAAAUCUCCAUUCGCCGAUCAAAACUGGCAAAAUGGUUUAUGGAGCCCUUCUUUGAUGAGUUAAUUGUGGGUUGCUUCGUAAGAGUUGGCAUUGGGAGGUCAAGGUCUGGUCCUAUCUAUAGGCUUUGUAUGGUCCGCAAUGUUGAUUCUUCAGAUCCUAAUCGACAGUACAAGCUAGAAAAUAAAACCACAUCAAAAUAUCUAAAUGUUGUUUGGGGCAAUGAAAGCUCUGCUGCUAGGUGGCAGAUGGCUAUGGUUUCAGACUCGGCUCCUCUGAGGGAUGAGUUUGAUCAGUGGGUAAGGGAAGUAGAACGAAGUGGUGGUCGUAUGCCCAGUAAACAGGAUGUGUUGGAAAAAAAAGAGGCCAUACAGAAAUCUAGCACAUUUGUUUACUCUGCUGACACUGUAAAGCAGAUGUUGCAGCAGAAAAAGUCUGCAACAUGGAGGCCACUUAAUAUUGCUGCUGAGAAGGAUCGUUUAAGAAGGGAGAUGGAAGUGGCCAAAAUGAAGAAUGAUGAAGCAGAGGCGGAGAGGAUUAAGGCAAGACUGGAGGAACUGGAGGCUAGCAGGAAAGUUCAAGAGAAAGAUGACAAGGCCAAAAGGCUGGCUGAGAUGAACCGGAAGAACAGGGUCGAGAAUUUCAAAAAUGCAUCAGAAGUCAGACCAAAGAAUCAAUUGUUAAAGGCUGGUGAGGCUGGGUAUGAUCCUUUCUCUAGAAGGUGGACUAGGUCUACGAAUUAUUUUUCAAAAAAUGCUAAUGAAGCAGUAGAAGGUGCAUCAAAUGGUGAACCUGCUGCUGCAUUGACAGCUACUGAAGCUGGUGGAACUGCUGAGGGGGGAAUGGCAGCUACAGCAGCAGCCUUGCAGGCUGCAGCGGGCGCUGGAAAGUUGGUGGACACAAAUGCUCCGGUAGAUCAAGGAACAGAAUCAAACACACUGCAUGAUUUCGAUCUGCCUAUCUCGUUGACUGUGCUUCAGAAGUUUGGAGGGGCUCAAGGAGGCCAAGCAGGAUUUAUGGCUCGAAAACAGAGGAUAGAAGCAACUGUUGGAUGUAGAGUUCCUGAGAAUGACGGGAGAAGGCAUGUACUAACUUUGAGUGUUAGUGAUUACAAGAGAAGGAGAGGGCUCCUUUGAGAUGUACUGCUGUUAACUCUGAUCUGUUUCGUCCAAGUAUGAGCUGUUCUAUGCUUUUUGUUGUUAAGCCAAAUGGGGUGUCCUUCCUUUGGAUUGUUAUUACUGGGAAUUCAUUUACAAACUGUGAAACUAAAGUGGGUAUGUUGUU